CCUCUUUUUUGGGUGUGUGUGAUAUUGGAGUGGCCAUGGCGGCCUCCUCCUCGCCAUGACGAUCGCCGCGUCGAUCACAUCGCCGCGCCGCAUUCUCUCGCAGAUCUCACGAAGCGAUCCCAGCUGCGGCGAAAAUCCAGGCAUUGCGGCAUCGCGUCGAGGCGGCGGUGCCGGAUCCAGGGGAAACGCUCCAGUGAGCGCGCCGUGCUGGUUCCGAAAUAAAUGUGGGUGCGCGGGCGAUGCGUAGGGGCUGAGGAAUCGAAUUGAGGCAUCGAUAAUCACAGCGGUAGGUUUUUGGUAGCGUAGCAGCAGGGCUCGCGGAUAUGUAUACUAGGGAGAGAGUAGGGUAUAGCCUUGGCAGCAGUGGUAGGAAGUCCGAGCUUUACUUGGAUCACGAAUCUAAAAGCUCCAAGGGAAGCAAGGCAUCGCCCUCGACCUCCAAGGCGUCGGCGGCAAAUGGAAAAGAGAAGGAGAGGUCGGUGGUAGCGCCAAUGUCUACUCCGGCUGGACGACGAACUGGCGGUAGCACUGAUAACAAGGCAGCAUUGUUUGAGAAAUCUGUCACAGAAGAUGUUGAGGAGUCGGACACCGAGAGCGAGGAGUCCGAUGUGAGUGGCUCAGACGAGGGCGAGGAGUUUUCGUGGAUACCAUGGUACUGUGCACUAAGAGGGAACGAGUUCUUUUGCGAAGUAGACGCCGAGUACAUCCAGGAUGAUUUCAACUUGAGUGGCCUCAGCAACCAAGUUCCUUACUACGAGUACGCCUUGGACCUUAUUCUUGACGUCGAAUCUCCAACUGAUGACAUGCUAACCGAAGAGCAGAACGAGAUUGUGGAAUCCGCCGCGGAGAUGUUGUAUGGAUUAAUUCAUGUGCGCUACAUACUGACAAGUAAAGGCAUGGCUGCCAUGCUGGACAAGUAUAAAAAUGUGGACUUUGGCCGAUGUCCGCGAGUGUUCUGUGGCGGCCAACAAUGCCUCCCAAUGGGGCAGUCGGACAUCCCUCGCCAAAGCACUGUGAAGAUUUUUUGCCCCAAAUGCGAAGACAUUUAUUACCCCCGCUCCAAGAUCCAAGGCAACCUUGACGGAACUUACUUUGGAACAACGUUCCCGCAUCUCUUCCUCAUGACAUAUCCACACCUCAAGCCCGCCAGGCCGACGCACACGUACGUUCCCAAGAUUUACGGCUUCAAGAUCCACAAGCAGCGUUCCUCAUCGAAGUGAGAGCAAGAGUGAACUCUACGACACCGAGGCCCGCGUUUUGUCCAUCCGGUUCGUUCGCGAAAGAAAAAGAGAGUAAAAUUCAUUCCAUUUGUUUGAUUGAUCUUACGUUACAAUGGCAGACCAUCGUAUCCUCUCGCUA